ACAGACGCGAGGAAUGACAUGCUGACAUUUCGCUUUCAACAAACACAAAGGAUUACUUUACUCAUUGAGUAAUGUAAUUUUAUGGACUGAACUUUUCCUCAUGUCAUGACUUGGACGAGUGACUGACUUUAAAUAGGCGGGGUGUGAACAUACGCUACAUAAAAACAACAGGUAACGAUGUAAAGACCAGUAGCGUCACUGGUGGAUGGCGAAAGUCCUUCAAAAUGGGCAACUGGAUAAUUAACCAUGGACUGUCAUCCUUCAUACUGGUGGUCUGGAUGGCCAUCAAUAUAUUCCUGUUCCUCUGGUUCUAUUUCUUCUACGACUUGGGGGAUCAGUUUUUCUACACGCGCCACAUUUUAGGGUCUGCAUUGGCCUGGGCCAGAGCCCCUGCAGCCGUCCUCAACUUCAACUGCCUGCUGAUUCUGCUGCCCGUGUGUCGUAACCUGCUGUCUCUCAUUCGAGGCUCCUUCAUGUGCUGUGGGCGAACUAUGAGAAAACAGCUGGACAAAAAUAUCAGUUUCCACAAGCUGGUGGCCUACAUGAUUGGGCUGAUGACAGCUGUUCACACCAUUGCCCAUUUUCUGAAUGUGGAGUGGUACUAUAAUAGCAGGCUUGGGAAGUAUGAUGACCUCAGCAUGGCCCUUUCCAGCCUGGAUGACUCAGGAAACACCACCUUCCUGAACCCAAUCCGUUCUACAACCACUACGCCGACUCUCCUGGUGUUCACCAGCGUCGCGGGGAUCACAGGCGUAAUCAUCACGCUGUCACUCAUCCUCAUAAUCACCUCAUCCAUGGAGGUCAUCAGGCGCAGCUACUUCGAGGUCUUCUGGUUCACACACCACCUUUUCAUCGUCUUCUUCGCUGGGCUGGUCAUCCAUGGAGCCGGACGCAUCGUGCGAAGUCAGACCACCACCAAUCCACCACAUAAUGCCACCUUCUGUAAAGAUCGAAUAGGUGACUGGGGGAAGAUUCAGGAGUGUCCCGUUCCCCAGUUUGCAGGGGGGUUCCCACAGACCUGGAUGUGGGUGAUCGGUCCCAUGAUCCUCUAUGUGUGCGAGCGCUUGCUGCGCUUCAUCCGCUACAUGCAGACCGUCAAAUACAGAAAGAUAGUCAUUCGACCAUCCAAAGUGUUGGAGCUGCAGCUGGUGAAGAACGGUUUCAAGAUGGACGUGGGUCAGUAUGUCUUCCUCAACUGCCCAGCCAUCUCCCAGCUGGAGUGGCACCCCUUCACCAUGACCUCGGCCCCCGAGGAGGACUUCUUCAGUGUGCACAUCCGCUCCGUGGGCGACUGGACCCAGAAACUCAUCAGCAUUGUGGAGCAGCUUCCUGAGGGGGCUGAGGGACCCAAAAUGGGUGUAGAUGGACCGUUUGGUACGGCCAGUGAGGAUGUGUUUGACUACGAGGUUGCCAUGCUGGUUGGCGCUGGCAUUGGAGUCACCCCCUUCGCCUCCAUCCUCAAGUCCAUCUGGUACAAAUUCAAAGACUCCAACCCAAAGCUACGCACCAGAAAGAUCUACUUCUAUUGGUUGUGCAGAGAGACGCAUGCCUUUGAGUGGUUUGCAGAUCUGCUGCAGCUGCUGGAGAGGGAGAUGGAGGAAAGAGGCAUGGGAAGCUUCCUCACCUACAAACUCUACCUCACUGGAUGGGAUCAGAGCCAUGCAAACCAUGUGAUGGUUCAUGCCGAUGCGGACACAGAUGUGGUCACUGGUUUGAAGCAGAAAACAAACUAUGGCAGGCCCAACUGGGAUAAGGAGUUUGAACAAGUACGCAAAGAGAAUCCGACGUCAGUGGUGGGCACAUUCUUGUGUGGUCCUGCAGUCUUAGCUACUGUCUUGUCAAAGAAAUGUGUCAAAUACACGGAUGUCGAUCCCCGAAAGACCAAAUUCUACUUCAACAAGGAGAACUUCUGAGCAAAACUAUGUUUAAUCUGCUCCUCUUGAAGAAAAGCUGGAUCUUUGGUUUUCCAAAAUAUUGGCAACAGAGAUUUUUUUAGACCAUUCAUCUGAACACAAUGGACGAUGACCGAUCCUAAUAUUUAUUUCACAUAGGAUUCAGCUCCAUCUUUACCACGUAUCUUGUCGGCAUUCAUAUUUUAUUAAAGGAAUUACUUAGGCAGCAACUGAGCAAGAGACAUUCAACUUUGACCAGGUUGUUGUGACCAUUGUCAUGAUAACCUGGUGCAGCAGGCAGCAUUGAGCUCGCCAGUUUGUAGUGUAAGCAUCCGCUUGGCAUUUCCACGCCCAGUGGCUAGCAGUGGGAGAAGAUGGAAUGAGAUGGAUUUUGUCCGAAAUUCUCUUGCAUUUUCACAUCGAUGAAACAUUUGAUCUCAACAGUUUUAUGUUCCAAAAAGAUAAUCUGUUACGAACUGAGUGGACUAAGUUUAGUAGACUUGACCCUUUGCCAAAGUUGUAAAAAAUUGUGUUGUUUAGAAGGAGGACAAAGGUGAAUUGAGUUAUUGCACACACGCACUUCACAGAGUAGGCGUUCCCUAACGGAAAUAUGCAAAUGUUUGUUAGAACGCACCAAUAGGAUCUCACUAGCUCGUGCUUGGCUCUGCCCACCUCCUUCCUUGUUCUGCCCACUAUGACUAAUUUGUUCCAUCCACUAUGACUAAUAUGUUCCCAUUGGAAAUGACAGGCUGUGGUCCAUCUUGGGUUAGUUUAAAAAAUCUUUGUUAAACUUCUGGUUCAUUCAGUCAUUCCUAAGGGCGAAAUUAAUGGAGAAAGAAUAGGGUUUUGGGAUAAAUCCCAAAAAUGAGGUUUGAGGUUAACACAGGCUUAGAAGAUCUUAUACAUUUUGUUCUAUGAUAUAUUAUCAGUCAGUUAACAUGACCUUUAUGCAUCUUGCAGCCUUAAUGUGCUUUGUCAUAAUUUUUGUUAUUACAUAAAUGCUUCAAAAUUCACAAAAACGUAUGUUUGCUGAUGAAGGUUCUCAUAGAACAAAAUGUAUAAGAUCUCAUAAGCCUGUGUUUACCACAGACCUUAUUUUCAGCAUUUAUCCCCCCCAAAACAUUUCCCCAUGGGUGUUGGCCAACGAGCCAUGGUGGACUCAGCCUCUGUUAAUGCCUACAAAAGACACCACAUUUGGUUUUAAAUAUACUUAAAUAUAAAAAGUAAAUGUAAUUGUGAAAAUAUACUUAAGUAUAAAAAAGUAUACAUUUCAAAUUCCUUAUAUUAAGCAAACCAUUGUUUUUUCAUUUUAAUUUACGGCUAGCUACGGCCACGCUCCAAUACUCAGACAUCAUUUACAAACGAAGCAUGUGUUUAGUGAGUCCGCCAGAUCAUAGGCAGUAGGAUGACCAGGGAUGUUCUCUUGAUAAGUGUGUGAAUUAGACCAUUUUCCUGUCCUGCUAAGCAUUCAAAAUGUAACGCGUACUUUUGGGUGUCAGGGAAAAUGUAUGGAGUAAAAAGUACAUAAUUGUCAUUAGGAUUGUAGUGAAGUAAAACUGGUCAAACAUAUAAAUAGUAAAGAUACCCUAAAAAAACUACUUAAAUAAAAAAAAUACCUUACCUUGUAAUGUGUUAAAUUUGUGGUUAAUAAAAAGUUGACUACAGUUGAACACAAAAUGUCAGAUAUGUUCUAGUAAUUUUAUGAACUGGCUUGCCAGCUAGAAAAAAAACCUUCCUUUCCCUACAGGCUUUGGUCAACAAGCCAUGGUGGAGUUGAUACCUUUCAGAAAGGUCUGCAAAAAGUUGGGGGCAUAAAUCUUGGGACUGAAAGCUGGCUGCCUCAGUGAAUAUAUGGGUGUGUUUCGGCACUUGAAUACCUUUUUGGAUUCUACCUCUUCCACAGAAAACCGACAAGCCUUGCACACAGAGACAGAAGCUUUGUUAUAUCUGAACUACUCAGGGAUUGGCUGGCUCCUUUGCUUCCCACAAUGAAUCAUGAUGUAUGAAGUCAUUUACUGUUAUUAAUUGAA